UAUCAGAUGACCCAACUGAUAACAAGUAUAGUUUAAACUUAAAGUUUUAUUAUUUGACAAAAACGGUUCUUGUGAAUUAUGUCCUCUAGAAUUUUAGAAGGCUUAAACAUCUGAUCUAUAAAAUGCCAUUGGUGACUUUUAAAGAUGCUGGCGGAGACACUAUUCGCUUCAUGGAGGUAGAUGGAACGCGUUAUCCUUACAUUUCACAGAUCGACCAGGAAACGGCAAUAAGGGCUGCUGCUGGCACUAAAGCCCGAGACGAUGAUGUUCUGUUAAUAACCUAUCUGAAGUCAGGAACACAUUGGAUGUGGGAGGUAUUAUCAAUGUUGAAAAAUGGUAAAGCAGAGACUAUUCCAAAAGUGAAGCAGACAUCUAUGAUUGAAGCAAUUUCCGAAGAAAACUGUGCGUCAAUUCCUUCUCCAAGGGUUCUCAAUGCACACUUCCGGUUUGAUCAAAUACCAAAAGAUAUGAAAGAAAAGAGGACAAAGGUAGUGUUGUGUCAUCGAAACCCAAAGGAUGUAGCAGUUUCGCUGUAUCACCAUCAUUUUAAGAUUAAUGCUGUCUAUGACUACAACGGAACUUGGGAUAACUGGUUUCGCCUUUUCUGCAAGGGAAAUGUUGAUUAUGGAUCAUGGUUCGACUAUGUUUUGGAUUGGGAGAAAGCAAUUCAUGAAAAUCCCGAAUACCCCAUACAUCUUAUGUUUUUUGAAGAUAUGAAAGAGAACAGCUUCAGGGAAGUAAAGAAAUUGGCAAAGUUUCUAGAAUUGCACUGCACUGAUGAACUAUGUCAUGCUAUCGCUGAAAAAUGUAAGUUUGAGAAUAUGAAAAAGGACAAGGUUGGUCUAGAUAAUGAAUACUGGCUUGGUAUCUGGAGAGAUAAGAAGAAUGGAUACUACAGAAAAGGUACAGUUGGAGACUGGAAGAAUGCAUUUUCCGUGGCUCAGAAUGAACUAUUCGACAGACUCUAUGAAACGAAAAUGGCAAACAGCAAACUGAAAUUCAGAUUUGAACUGUAGAAAAAUGAUGUUACCCUUUGGAAAUAACUGUCGAAUCAUGUAGUUAAUCAUGUAUUAAUCCCAUUGUUCAAGCUUAAUAUUUAUUUUUCACAAAUAAUUUAGAUUCGUUAGUUCUAGAUCUUCCAGCCACUUAAACUACAAAAAGUAAAUAAGAAAUCCCCACCAUAUACAUCAACGUUAACGGUGCAGAUAGUGUUACUUAAAUGGCGGAAAGUGGUAAAACAGACGGUGUGCUUUAUAUACCGAUCAACAAGAUAUAUUUAAGUGUGUUGCUACAUGUAUAACACGAACACUUUUUAUGCAAGACAACAAUCAAAGACAUAGCAUUUUAUGCAAAAUUAUGGUACCUUUAGGGCAAUGCUUUAUUAUUAGAUUUUGUUAAAAUAUAUUAUGGCACUUAAAUAUUUAUUUUAGCACAUGUUUCUUAUAACGGUAUAUCCAAGCAUUCAAUAGUGCUUUUUCCCCAGCAGUCAUGAUAGUUUGAAUCAAUGCUCAUCAUUUUACAGUGUCUGUAUAAAGCCAGCAAUAAUCGAAAUACAACUUCUUAAAUCAUAUCAGGCAAAUCAUAGUGCGAAAGGGAACUGAUUUCCUUACUUGAUGUGGCAUUGCACGAACGCAAAAACUUCCGCUAAAUAUGUAUAUUUAUAUAAUCAGCAUCUACGGAAAAUACUUGAUAUUUCCAAAUUGAAAAAAAAAGUGACAAUAGUGCAUUUAUGUUUUAAAAGACAACUGAUCUGAUAUAUUACCGCAAAACCAGGUAAAAUGUUGCACAUUCUGAACUUAAAUCUAGUGAUUCACGGAUUAGACUAGUUGCAUUACUUUACAUAAGAAAAUGAAAUUUAAUUCCAUCAAAGGUUUGCCAUUAUAUCAUUUGUCCCAGAAGAUACCGACCUAUUUGUUCAUAUCUUUGGGUGUACAUACAUUUAAGAAACAUGACUUUUGCCUUUUUAAAACAGGGAAUGCUAGUGUUAAAGAAAAAUAUCAGUGUCUUUUAUAGUGUUCUAGAUACGGUACUAAGCGGAGGUUUAUCUUUCGUUAUCUCUUCCUCGGGAAACUGGAGCUCUGCACAAAAUGUUAAGGCUUCAAUACUCUCUCUCUCUCUCUCUCUCUCUCUUAGGUGUUUGCCUAUUUGUAAAUAAAUGCGAUAUAAAAUGUUUCAAAUAAAUGUUAUAAACUGAUAUAAACUGUCAUUUUUAAAAAAUAUAAUCUUCAGAUUUAUCGAAACCGGGAGUACGUCGCCAUUUUAUCCUGCCAUUACAUUUGGAUCCUCCGACUGGACAAGAUACAUAUACAUGUACGUACCCUGCUUGCUACAAACGAAGUUACAUCUCCUUUUAGCAAUUAACCAUGAAGCAAAUUUACAAAAUGUAUACUAAUAUUGUGUACAAAUUGUUCUUUAUUUGUAUAUACAUGUUGUAAUGUAAUACAGAGUGUGCCAGCAUCAUUUUUCU